CUUCUCUCUCCUUCACGAUUCAUUUUUAGCAUCGCCUUCUUUCCUCUCCUCUUCCCUGCUGUCCUACAUUUUCUGCAAAUCAUACCUGUUCUCGACGAAGAAACACAAAUAGAACCAUUGACUGACCCUUUAAUUUCACACUUUCUUUUCUUCCACAUACAUAAUGAAUACCAUUGACACCGCUUCCUCUCAAGGGUUCGGAUCCUUAAUUUCUCAUUUCAUUGGCUGGGCUUAUUUCAUUGCCUGGUCUGCCUCUUUUUAUCCACAAGCCAUUCUAAAUUACAGACGAAAGUCCGUGCAAGGAUUGUCUUUGGACUUCAUUUACCUCAAUGUAUUUGGUUUCUUGUGUUAUUCGAUCUUCAAUCUCACCUUUUUCUUCAGCUCAGAGGUCCAAGAAGAAUACAGGAAACGUAAUGGUGGGCAGGAUAAUUUGGUUCGCGCCAACGACGUCUUUUUUGCUGUCCAUGCUCUCAUCCUUUCUUCUUUGACUCUCUUUCAGACAUUCAUCUACAAGCGCAAUGAGAGUCAGAAGAUAUCCAAUCCUGCUAAGCUCCUCGUGAUCAUCUCGACAUCUGGUGUGCUUAUUGUUCUUUACUCCGUUACCAUACGAUCAUCUCAGUGGAUUGAUUUGCUUUACUAUCUCAGCUACAUCAAACUCGGCAUCAGCUUUAUUAAGUACUGUCCUCAAGUUUAUCUCAAUUAUUCCGCCCAGUCCACAGUUGGAUGGAGCGUUCACAACGUCUUACUAGACUUUACAGGAGGCGUCCUCAGUAUCACACAAUUGAUCCUGGAUGCUGCUCUAUCUGGUGACUGGUCAGGAAUCUCGGGUGAUCCUGUCAAGUUUGGCCUUGGAUUAUUGAGCAUCUUAUUCGACUUAGUCUUUAUAACUCAACACUACAUUUUUUACAGAAAUCGUGAAGACUUUUAUGCACCAUUGUCUAUGGCCGAGAACAAUGGUAAUAACAAUAACAAUGGCAUCAACUGCAGGAGAUAUGAGGGCAAACAAAAGGCAUUGCUGUUACCCAUUCACAGAAAUUAUCUGAGCACUCAGAAUCACCAAAGCAGGAUGAAAAAUGGGUCGACUACGUCUCGGCCUGCGAGCAUGAGAGACUUGGAAAUGGGGAUAGAGGGCACUGGCUUGAGUUUAUCUUCGUCUCAGCACUAAAGCCUUUUUUCUUCUCUUCUCUUCCUCGGUUUCUUCUUCUUGAGUUCCUACUUGUACC